ACGAACUAUCCCAUGUAAAUGGGCCUACUCUAGCCCAGCCCAGGCCCAUCCCUUCCCUCCUACUCCGAGAACGAAGAAACGAACCCAGAAACGCUGGCUGCCUCGGCCACUCCCGGAUCUCCGCCCAGAGCCGCCGCUUUUCUCCGGUCACCUUUGAAGCUAUCCAAAUCCGAAGACCUAAACCCAUUUCAUCAUUUCAUUCACAUUUUCUCUUCCGCUAAUUUGCUCUGUAUAUCAAAAUUGUUAGAAUUGGUCUUUCAAUGAUGGGAAAUUAUGACUCUACGACCUUCUUCAUCACGUCAGUUAAUAAUCCCUUUCUCCAAUUUGUUCCUCAAAACCAAGACUUUUUUCAUACGUUUCCAAUACCCAUUAAUUUCAGCUCCUUACAAAUUCUUAUCCGUGAAAGGAUUUCACACAAGUGUCUUUCUUCAACAAUCUUCUCAUCAAAGUAUCGUCUCAGCUUUGAUUCUUGCUGUAAGCUCAUGUUCUUCCCUCUUCUACUGUAAUUCCAUUCAUGCCUAUGUUAUCAAAUCUAUUAAUUAUAGUGAUGGGUUUAUUGGUGAUCGAUUGGUAUCUUGUUAUACAAAAUUGGGUUGUGUUGAAAAUGCACAACAGUUGUUUGAUGAAAUGCCUAACAAGGAUUUGGUGUCAUGGAAUAAUUUGAUUACUGUGUUUGCAAGAAAAGGUCUUGUUGAUAAGUGUACAACUGCAUUUUUUAGAAUGAAGUUUGAAUUGGAUAUGGAAUCACCUAAUGAGGUUACUCUUAUUGGCUUUAUCUCAGCUUGUAUUGAUUAUGAUGAUGUUGAUUUGGGCAAGUACAUUCAUGGGAUUGGUCUUAAAUUGGGUUUGUUAUUUGAAGUGAAAGUUGGGAAUUCUCUUAUUAACAUGUAUGGAAAGUUUGGUUGUUUAGAUAUUGCUUGUCAAAUUUUUGAGGCAAUGCCUGUACAGAACUUUGUGUCAUGGAAUUUAAUGGUUUCGGUUCCUUCACAAAAUCGAUUUCCAGAGGUUGGUGUUGGUAACUUUAAUAAGAUGCAAAUGAAUGGACUGAGACCUGAUGAUGGUACUAUGGUAGCUGUUCUUCAAGCUUGUGAAAAUUUAGGGGUAGGAAAAUUAGCAGAGACAGUUCAUGGUUUGAUUGUUAAAUGUGGCCUAAAUGCAAAUGUAACUGUUUUAACUUCGAUUUUGGAUUUGUAUGCUAAGCUAGGGAGGUUAAAGGAUUCAUGUAAGGUUUUCGGAGAGCUAAUUGAUCCUGAUAGAGUUUCUUGGACUGCAAUGUUAGCAGGCUAUGCUGUGCACGGUUAUGGAAAAGAAGCCGUGGAGUUAUUCGAGUGUAUGGUUAGGAAAGGCAUGGAGCCUGAUCAUGUUACCUUUGUUCAUUUGCUGAAUGCUUGUAGCCAUUCGGGGCUUGUCAAUGAAGGGAAAAACUACUUCAAGAUUAUGUCUCGAGUGUACGGGAUUCAGCCCAGAUUGGAUCACUAUUCGUGUAUGGUUGAUCUUCUUGGUCGCUCGGGGCAUCUCAACGAUGCUCAUGAGCUUAUUACAAGUAUGUCAAUGGAGCCAAAUUCUGGUGUUUGGGGUGCUUUAUUUGGAGCUUGUAGAGUUUAUGGUAACAUUGAACUUGGGAAAGAAGUUGCCGAGCAGUUGUUUGCUAUGGAACCCUUGGAUUCCCGAAACUAUAUAAUGUUAUCGAAUAUGUACUCUGCAGCUGGCUUAUGGAAGGAUGCUUCAAAGGUCAGGGCUUUGAUGAAGGAAAGAGGUCUAGCCAGAAACCCGAAACCGGGGUGUAGUUUUAUAGAACAUGAAAACAAAGUUUAUAGAUUUGUGGUAGAUGAUCAGUCUCACCCCGAAUCGGAGAAGAUACAUAAGAAAUUGGAAGAAUUGAUUCAAAAGAUUAGGAAAGCUGGAUUUGUGUCCAAAACAGAAUAUGUUCUACAUGAUGUUGAAGAGGAUUUGAAAGAAGAUAUGAUUAACAAACACAGUGAAAAAUUAGCCAUUGCCUUUGGGAUUUUGGUGACUCAUGAUGUUGGCAUGCCUAUAAUCAUAAGAAAGAACCUUAGAAUUUGUGGUGAUUGUCAUGACACUGCCAAGUUCAUAUCACUCCUUGAAAAUAGAACCAUUAUAAUUAGAGAUGCUAAGCGGUUUCACCACUUUGCUAAUGGAUCUUGUUCUUGUGGAGAUUUUUGGUAAUCAUGUAUUGGGUGAUCUCUCUAGUAUGUUAUUAGGAUGGUAAGCUAUUUUUGAGUUUUUAAAGCACAAAAAAAAACAUUUUUAUACUUGGGUUUUGGAAGAGCUUUUUGAAAAGCUAAGGUGACAUUUGAUCCUAUAGAAUUGGAAUGAUAGUGUUAAUAAUAUAUGAAUGUAAUAAGAAUUGAAA